AUGACGAACACUGGUACCGGUAGCAACAGCAGCAGAGGCAGACAUGCUCGCGCGCUCCUCGAGGCGCUCUUCCAGCAGCAGCAGCAGCACGGCUGGGUGCUCCAACCCCCGCCCGUGUCGCCAUCCUCGCCGCGUAGGGCCAGCACCAAACCCAAUCAUGCAGCGACGGCGGUGAUGGUCCAGGCGUUCAAGCCGACCAAGCCAAGCAGCCUCGCUGCCAGCGCUAGCAGCCGGAGCAGCGACGAGGAUGACGAACCCGAGGGCGAAGGUCACAGAGAGCAGGGGCCUAGUGAAUCACUUUCGGGGGAAGAGCUAGAAAUGGCGGGACAAGGCACACCCAAAGGAAAGGAAAGCACAGGGUAUCAGGGUGCUAAUGGCUGCGGCGGAACUGCAUCCAGCAGCAGAUGCGAUCAAGGGGCUGAAGAGGAAGCGGCCACUGUCGCGCGGCCGGAGGAUCCGAUAGCCGACGUGCUCGACUCACUACAAGGCGGGCGGCUGGACGAAGAAGACACGAUCGACAAGCUCCGGGAUAAACUUGACAGGCAUGUUGCCGCCGCCGUGCAGAGGACUGGUAAUGGGCUUGUUUUGGGGCUUACUUCGUCGCAAUUGGACUCGCUCGUGCUGGACCUCCUGCAUCGGCACAGGGAGGACGAGAACCCUUCCGGCUGUGCCUUCCCCGCGCCGCCAACUCUCGCCUCGCUCAUCAGUCAGCCGGGCUGCAGUAGUAGUAGCAGCAAUAACGGCAGCGGCAACGGUGGUGGCGGAGGUCAUCGUCCGCCCUCGCUGCGCUCCAGCGCCAACACUACGGCUAGUCUCGCGCGGCCAUGGAUGUCGACACGCCUCAGCUCCUUCCAGGGCCAGCAGCAGCAGCCCUCCUCGGCCAGCAGCUCCACUGGCGCGUUCCCCCCCCUCGGAUCCGUGGGUUUGGGAGGGGAGGCAGGCCUCAGCCCUGGCGCAAUAGGGAGCCUUCCCGGCUCUCCUGGCUCCAGUCGUCCCGGUACACCAACAGGUGCCAAGAAUAGCAUGAGCGCAAGCAUGGGAAUGGGCACGGGCGGUCUUGUUGGCGGUGUCGCAGCCAGCAUCGCAGCCGACUCUGAUCCGAUCAUACACCCUUCGAGCCGUUCUAGCAGCAUCGCCAGCUUCUCGUACUUGCACAACAGCAACAGCAGCAGCAUCACCACGGGCGGCUCGCCGAGGCCUUGGGCACGGCCUCUGUCCGGUGCCAGCACGAACAUGAACGGCGGUGCGUCGUCGUCCAACUUGCACAGCGGCUCGCCGUCCUCGUUCAACUCAUCUAUCGGCGGUAUCGGCUUUGCCGGCGGGCUGUAUGCUACCGCCAUUGGCGCGAGCGCAGGCGCAGGAUCAGGUUUCGGAGCGCAGUAUGGCAGCAACAGCAGCAACAGUCUCUCCGUCGCCACGCCCCCGCGCCCCACCUCACCUUUACUCUCGUCCUCGACCAGUACUACUUCUACUUCCAUAUCGGCGUGUGCCAAAGGCGGAGCAGUGGUAGCGGCUUCACCGCGGCUGAACAUCGCCGCGAGCGAGUUUCAACCAAAGAGCACGCGCUCCGCGAACAGCUCGGUCAGUUCAUCGCCGCUCGCGCGCCAUCGUGGCGCAACGGGAGCUACCGGCGCAAUGACUGUCUCCGUACCGCCGUGGUUUUCCGCCUCCUCUGCGUCCGUCGCGGGCGGCUCGGCCUCCUCGGCGGGCAGCAGCAGUGCUGGCGCGCCGAGCUCGUUCGGCGCAGGACCGGGUACGGUGUGGGGCGCGAGUAGUAGCGGCACCGCAGCUCUUCCUCUUGCCGGGUCCGCCCUUGCAGCGGGCGGCGGCGCCGAGGAAGUGCAGGACGAAGAAGAGGACGAUGAUGAUGACGACGACGACGAGUUCUCGCCCUUUGGCACCGCCGCCGCGAUGUCUUCUUCCCGUCGUCGCCAACUCCGCCUCCCGCAGCGCGCCGGGUCCUCCGACGUGCCUGGCUGGUACAGCAGCGGCAACAGCGCUGCGUCUGAUGCAGGUAGGAGCGAAGAUGGGGCCGGCGCGCUCGCCGAUGCGAUGGAGUCCCCGCUAGACGCGACCAUGACGCCUUUCGACGUCCUCUUCUCAAUUCUGAUCGGCAAGACCACAGCAGGUGGUAGCAGCGGCGAGGCGGACGUGUCUGCCACGCAGGACGCGCCGCAGUGGACGCCCGAGAAGGUGGAGGAAGCAUUGGCAAUCAACAACUGGGAUGUGGAGGAGACACUUAAGAUGAUCAUCAGCAAUCAAGGGGAGCCGCUCCUGCCACAACCGCAACCGGCAGCCUCGGCGUCGUCAGUGUCCGCAUCUUCAGAGUUGCAUCCGGGUCCCAUCUUCACGCCCAAGGGCCAAGACGUGCCCGCCAACUCCGGCCUCAAUCCAAAGCUCUACUUCCCAGCAGGUCCGAAAGGCUUUGCACGAGGAGGGUCGAGUGGCGUGCAAGUCAUGUCCGUGGAUGCGUUUGCAGGCGCAAAGCCGAUAGCGGCGGUGGGGAGCAGUCCUCGGCCGAGUUUUGCACAGGCGCAGCACUCGCCAUCCGCGAUAGCCGCCAACCCUCCGCCUGUGAUCAGCCCGAGCGCUGCAGGCUCUGUCGGCGCCUCACGCGUUUGCCGGUACUACCUCGCCGGGGAGUGCAGGCGCGCCGAUUGCCGCUUCAGUCACGACCUCGGGCGCGCUCUGUGUCGUUUCUGGCUCAAGGGCCAGUGCCUCAACGACCCUUGCUCAUUCUUGCACGACUACGAUGUGGUGAACAGCCUCGCGUCUGGCAUCGCUUCCUCCGCUUCGAUUAGCGGCGGCAACAAUGGCUCAGCGUACGGCGGUGAAGGAGGCGCGUCAUCAGCUUCCACCUCUGAGGGCCCCGAGACGCCGCUUGCCUCCGCAGAGGACUUCCCCAGUCUGAGCGGCGGUGGCGGCGACAUGCAGUCGUCUGGCUAUGGCCCGGGCAAGGCGCCAAGCGCUCCUGCUUGGCAGACCCUGUCGAAACGCAACACAAACGAUGCGAGUAGGACACGCUGGGCGCAGGCCCUCCAGCGCAAGAAUGUCCCGCCAGCACUGGCGGCUGUACGCGCGGGUGAACGGGCGUUCGUGCCGGGAUCUGCGCGGAAUGCGCCGACGAGCGCAGCACCCACACAGCCUCUUCUGCCGCCGUCUGCGCCGCUGACGCGCCCAUCGCCCUCGCGAAUCGCACUGCGUGCGCCGUCGCUGUUGCCGACGCUGUCGGUCGGGCGCAGCGCGGCAUCGGCCUACGCGGCGCACCGCAGUGGGACGCUCGCGCUGUCCGACGGGCGCAACCGCGCGCUCGCCAAGGCCGGCGAGGCGUGGCGGCGCGGAGACGGUGCGGCGGCGCGCGCAUGGUCGCAGGAGGGCACGGCGCUGAAUGCGCGCCUGGCGGAGGAGAGCAAGACGGCCGCGCAGGCGCUGCUGCGCGAGCGGCACGCCGAGCUGCGAGAGCGCCUGCUCAACAGCGGCUCUGACGGCGGCGGCUGGGGCACAGGUGCAGCGGCGAGCGACGAACCAGGCGCAAAAGGAAUGCGCGGCAAACUCGUCGGCGCCGGUCUCGGGGUUUGCUUGGGCGUCGCCAGAAAGGAGGGCGUUCCCGGCGGCGCCAAGCUAGCGGUCGAGGAGCGCGUCGAGUGUUUGCUCGACUUGCACGGCUUGCACGCAAUCGAGGCGGUGGAGAUGGCAGAAGUGUUUCUACUCGGAUUGGAGCGCGAGAACCUGCGCGGAUUGGCCUACCUCGCUGUCGGCGAGGGCCGGCACAGCGCCCGCGUCUCCGCGCGGGAUGGAGACCGGCGCAGGAUGCAGCUGAGCGGCGCCGUCAAGCAAUUUUUGGCCAGCUGGGGAUACCCUUUUGCCAGCGUAGAGGGAGUGCUUGUGGUUGACCCUUGUACGCAUCUGACGUGA